GUGUUACUUUUUUGUUUUGUUUUUUUUUUUCGCACACACAAAUUCCGAUUUAAUUAAGUGCGAUUGUUUGUGUGUGCGCGUGUGGGUGCACCCAUACACUUACCUAUGCUGGCCCUGGCCCCGCCCACCACGCCGCCGCCGCCCCCUCGAAAUGCCCCGUUAGCCGCGAAAUCGAAAUCGAAUCGUUUUUCUGCAACCGCAAUGCUGUCAAAUGGCUCUGCCGGCGUCGCUGCCGCUGCCGACGUCGCUGCCGCCGCUGGCGACUGCGAUGAGCGAACGCUCUUGCUAAGCGAAGAGAUUGUUGUUGUUGCGCCGCAGUCGCCGCCUCUGCCGCUGUCGCUGCCGCCGCCGACGUCGCUGCCACUGGUGCACACAACAACAACAUCGGCGACGACGCAACAAAACAACAACAUUGCGAACAACAACAAUAACGCCUUGCUUGUGGUCAGUGCUAAAAACAUGGCUAAUAAUAAGAAUAAUAAAAAUAACAGCAAAUGCAAAAACAACGAGGCCAGCAGCAGCAGUAGCAACAACAACAAUGCGGCGGAAGCAACAGCAGCGGCAGAAACAACAACAGCAACAGCUGGGGAUAUCGAACCAGCAACAACAACAACAACAACAGCUGAUGAAGAGGAUUUGUCCAGCGAUCUGAGCGAUAAAUUCCCACGCCCCCAAAAGAAACCCGGCAAACUGAGCAAACUGGGCACCAAAAGCGUCGGCCUCAAACGCGUCUCUUUUGGGUCCUCGAAGGGUUCGAUGGUGGAGACGCUCGUCUUCGAGACGCCGACGCCGCUGUCGGAGCACAUGGAGUCCACGUUUGGGUUCGAUGCCGCAGCAGAUUCGGCCGCCGAAUCCGCCGCUGCCGCCGCUGGUCAGCCGCAGCUGGCGUCGACGCUGCCGUCGAAUCUGCCGCUACCCGGCGGCUACAGUGGAGACUAUGCCAAGGGGAACAUGGAUGACAGCGGCAUUGAGGUGCAGGAGGAAUCGGAACGCUCGAUAGUGCGCGUUUCCAUUUACCAAAGCAGCCAGCCGCAGCAGAUCUGUCCACCGGCGGAUUACCUGCUGGACGCCCUAGACGGAGGCUACAACUACAACAGCAACCUCCUCGACUACACGACGAUGGCCACGACGGCGGCGGGGAUCCAGCAGCAGCAGGUGAUCGGCCUGGGAGCGGCCUACGAUCGACAGCAGAGCACUGAUUCGGGCUGGGACAAUCCCUUUCGUCCAGGCGGCGAUCUGUCCAGGGAGGCUGAUGAAAUUGUCAACAUGAUCAGAGGCGGCAAGCCCAUCACACCCACAGAAGAGCGUACAAUUGGCAACGGGAGCGCCCAGCAUGCGGAAGACAAUUGCAACGGCGGAGCGGCGAUUGGCGAGAGCGUAACCAAAUCGAACCUCUCGCAGAAUCUAGCAACAGCACAAAAUGGUACAAAUUCCCAUGCCUCUGCCUCUGCCGACGCUGGCGCCGGAAAAGCAGCAGCGACGGCGACCGAGCUGAGCGGCGGUGGCGGCGGAAACGGAAAUAACGGGGUCACCUCGCUGGGACAGGUGUCCAAACAGGUGGUUCCGGGACCGACGUCCGCUAGUCAUGUGGUCAUCGACGAGAAGAAGAACAAGAAGAAGGGCUGCUGCGUCCUGCAAUAAUCGGGGAAAAGCACGAUGACGACGGGGGACGAACAAACAAAACAAAACAAGAGAAACAAACAAACAAACAAAGCAAAAAGGGGGCGGGCAUUUUCCGGCUAGCCGUGUUUUUUGAUGUUAAUGUUUUUUGGGGUAUAAACGAUGGAGCCGAGCUGUUGAUAUUUUUCAUGCCGCAUAAAUCGCUUUGCUUAGCUUAGCAAACGGAGGCCGAGACGAGACAACAACAAACCGGAUAAAAACACACACACAACAAGGAUAUAAACUAGGAGAACAUAUAGAAGAAAACCAAGCUCUCUGACCAACAGCAGCAAGAUUAUCAAGGAAAAUAGUAGCAGUAGCAGCAGCAGCCACAGUGAGAGCCAAAAUUGAAGCAACACCCAGCAGCUGUUGCUCCUCCAGCCUCACACAGCAAACAAUAGUCGAGAAAAUCCAAUCCAAAAUUUGAAUUGUAAAUCUAAAGUACACACUUAUAUAUAUUUAUACAUAUAUAUAUAUUUGUUAGUCUGACGACCACGAUGAUGAUGAUGAUGCUAACCUGCAAUUCACCCCUAUUAUAUACAUAAAUACUGUUUUUUUUUUCCUUUUUCUGUAAUGUGGACUCGACGACCUGCAUAUGUGUAUUAUAAAACCUAUAUGCAUAUAUGUGAAUUUAAUUUUUUUUGUAAUUGUAAAAUUUAGUGCGGCUUUUUUAAUGAAAUGAAAAGGAUGUAGGGACGUUUAAGGAGUAAAAUAACAAAAAGAGAAAAAAAAUAAAAACGAAAAAACGUUUUGCUUGCAUGCAUAAUGGAUACAAAAUCGAAAAAAAGAAUGCAAAAAAACAAAAAAAUUUAACAUAAAGAAUAAUGUAUUUAUUUUUAUUUAUAUGAUGACGAUGACGACGAAGAAGCAGAUGAAAGUAAAUUAAAUGUUAAACCUUAAAACAAAUAUACACAUACACAUAUACAAACACACACACACACAUACGCAUAUAUACUAUACGAUAUAUGGAGAUGAAAUGUAUGACGCAAUAAAGCAAAAAACGAGAUCAGAACCGAAACCGGAAACAGUAGAGAAAACUAAUUAAAGAAAUCCCAAUUUUCUAAGGCUAAAUAAUAAAUAAUUAUUUUUUAUCAUUAUAUACAUGAGAUCAGAACCGAGAUGAUUGAGAACCGGGUGCGCUGACUUUUGGGGCCCAAUGUAGCGGCUGAUCAAAGACAAGCAGCGGUGCUGAAAACGAAGAAGAAAAGGGGUGAAAAUGGUAGAACGAGGGCUUAGUUCUUUGAGGAGGAGAAUCUAGAAUCUAGAAAGAAGAAGGGCUUUGAAGAAACCGAAAUCCCAAGACAAAAGCUUAGAAAUGAGGCCAGCGAAAGAACAUAGACAAAAACAGAAAAAAUAAGGAAGAACCACCGUUUUUCAGCUUAGUUAAGCACAAUACAACCCUCCACACAACCCAAAACCAACCCCACUUUCUCCCAACCCUUUCACUCAGUAUUUUUCUCAGUUGAACACAAAUCAAAAGCAGAGAAAUUAAAGCAAAAACAAUUAUGCAAAAAUAAUAAGCAGGUAAAUCGAGCAAAGCGAGGUACAAGAAAGUUUACACGGAGAGAAAAGCAGCAACCAAAUAGCAAAAGAAAGUAAUGAGAACACCGAAAUGGACCGCCACACCCACUCACACACACUAACACACACUCUCAAACACAAACACACACACCUACAGCCUAAGCAUCAAUGUGCUGCAUUUGAUAAACGUAAUGAAAAAAUAAAAUAUAUAUAUAUAUAUACACACAGAUAUAUGAAA